UUAUUCCCCUGUAAUUAUCUCCCGCUUUAUUGCAAACUCCUAAAACUAGAACCCAAAAAAAAUGGUUUCACAUACGAGGUUUCUUCAAAGUGAGACCAGUCCUAGGAUUAGGCAGAAUCCGAUGAUUAGAGGUUAUAGUCAACGUCAAAUCUGAAAAGAAAGUAUAUUCGUUGAAUGACUUCGAUCACCCUAGGAAAUUUCUUAUGAAGGAGAUCUCACUUCAAAAAAAAAAAAAACCAAAAACAUAAACAUAUAAUUUCCUUGCGAUAAAAGAGACGUUUUAAAAUUCAACACUUCCAUAUUAGAGCGAGAGAGAUAAUCACAUGGAAGAAGGCCUGCCUCCACUGUUGCAUCAUCUCUCUCUCUCUCUCUCUCUCUCUCUCUCUCUCUCUCUCUCUCUAGUUAUAUAAUUAGCUACCUCUCCAAUAUCUAAAAAGAAAAAAAUUGAAGUGGGUUUUUAUUUUUUAUUUUUUUGGUUCUGGGUUUUGAAUUUGGUGAUCUGGGUUUUUGGGGAAUUGUGGGGGGUUUUUGUUGAGAGAGGGAGAGAGAGGGGGGAGAUAAAUGGAGGAGGGGAGAUUGUGGCAGUGGGGCGUUUUCAGAUCUCUUCUUGCAAUUCUCCAAUGGUGGGGUUUUAAUGUUACUGUGAUUAUCAUUAACAAAUGGAUCUUUCAGAAAUUGGAUUUCAAAUUCCCUCUCUCAGUAUCAUGCGUUCACUUUAUAUGCUCAUCAAUUGGAGCAUAUCUGGUAAUCAAAGUGCUAAAGCUUAAACCUCUAAUAGUGGUUGAUCCUGAAGAUCGUUGGAAAAGGAUAUUUCCCAUGUCUUUUGUAUUCUGUAUCAACAUAGUGUUGGGAAAUGUCAGCUUACGCUAUAUCCCAGUUUCUUUUAUGCAGACCAUAAAGUCGUUCACACCGGCAACCACAGUUGUUUUGCAGUGGCUAGUUUGGAGAAAGUACUUUGACUGGCGAAUUUGGGCCUCUUUGGUUCCUAUUGUCGGAGGAAUUCUGCUAACAUCUAUUACAGAACUUAGUUUUAAUGUGUUAGGAUUUUGUGCUGCCUUAUUUGGAUGUUUAGCUACUUCUACAAAGACUAUCCUUGCAGAAUCUCUGCUGCAUGGAUACAAGUUUGACAGCAUAAACACUGUCUACUAUAUGGCACCUUUUGCAACCAUGAUCUUGGGAGUCCCAGCACUGUUACUUGAAGGUAAUGGGGUUAUGGAUUGGUUUCAGACCCACCCCUCUCCCUGGGAAGCCCUUAUCAUUAUUUUGAGUUCUGGAGUGCUGGCUUUCUGUCUUAACUUCUCCAUUUUUUACGUGAUUCACUCAACUACUGCUGUCACUUUUAAUGUUGCUGGAAACCUUAAGGUAGCAGUUGCUGUGUUGAUUUCAUGGCUGAUAUUCCGAAACCCCAUUUCAGGUCUAAACGCUGUUGGCUGUGGUAUUACACUUGUGGGAUGUACAUUUUAUGGAUAUGUCCGACACAUGCUUUCUCAACAGCUUCCUGGAACUCCUCGAACACCCCGGACGCCUAGGAACAGGGUGGAACUACUCCCUCUUGUAAAUAAUGAUAAGUUAGAUGAUAAGGUCUAAUGGAGUUUGCUAUGCAUUAGAUUUUGCAUAUUUUCUUCUCUCAGAAACAGAAAAUUAUCAAUGUUAUUACAUCUCUUUAUUUAUUAGAGUGCCCCAAAUAUUAAUUACAUGAAACCAACGGCUUCAAUUGAUGGUCAUUGCAAAAGAAAAGAAACAACUAGUCUUGGAAGAGCAAUGACCCUCAAAUUAGAUAGUGCAAGACAAAUUUUGGUUGUCUAGUCUGAGAGAAAGAGGCUGGAGUUGUACAUUAUAUAUGAAUGAUGAUGAGUACAAACGAAAUUCUAGUUAGUAGUAGUUAUACAUUAGCUGAAGACGAACUUGAUCUGUAGCAUACAUUGUUACAGCGAUUUAUCUUUGCAUAUGCUAUCAGGCAUGUUUAACCAGGAAUCAUAUAUUGAGUUAAUAAUAUAACUAGAAUUAAGCCAAAAGCCAAAAGUUCUUUUGCCAUCUAGUGCUGAUAAGGUAGCCAUUGACGCCUUUGCUCUGCUUCCUGACCCCUAUGGUUGAGCAAUCCGCAUUAUUGAUGCAUUGCUCCACAAACUCCUCAGAGCUGCUGGUCCCGCAGAGACUGCAAACCAAGCAUCAAACGGUUAGAAAUAUCAGAAAGGGGUGAGAUGAAGAUUUGAAUGAAUGAUGGAAAAUUUAGUAGGAACCACCAGUUUAAGAAUGGAGGGGGCCUUUUCAGACCCAGUACCAACACUGAAACCUCUAGCUUCUUCACUUGGUCCAACACUGUCGCCAGCUUGGGCCCUUGGAUAACCAGUGCUUCCACUUCUACCUGAAUAUUGGUCCCCAUGCAAAGCAGGUAAAAACAC